AUGGAAUCCCGUCGUUAUCGCAGCGGACACUCCCGCUCCAACUCGGCGAACAUCCUAGACUACUCUUCCUCCGAUCGCCAUGGCCAUGCCUCCUCGCAGGCUCAUGCUCAUCCAACGGUUACACCCACCGCUCAGAUCGCCACAAACCGUCGGGGUGUAAGCCAGCUGGAUAAUCAUCAUGGCAACGGUGGCGGCGGCGGCGGUGGGGGUCAUCAUCAUCACCAUCAUCACCACCAUCACCAUCAUAAUCACCGUGAACGAGCUAGAGAAGGUCCUACGCCUUUCUUCGACGACGAUGGCGACAAUGCUGCUACGGAUAACGAAGCAAUCGUUCGUGAUGCUAAUGGUGGCUAUGGCGAUAACUUUGAGAUCCCACAUCGGAUGCUGAGGAUUAUCAUGCCGGAGUUGUUUGAGCAUUUGAAUGAAGGAUACACAGAACCUCACCUCGCCGAGCCCGUCAACUUCAGCUCUCGGUAUUCGACCCAAGAUAACGAACGACCUCGUCAGCGAUUGGAUAUCGAAACAGUCAAGGCUCUGAAUAAGCAACGAGUCGCUUCACUGGCUGAUGAUGCUUGGAUGUAUGAGGCGGAGGAGGAUCCGAAUCCGACUCGUUAUAGGAAGCAGUUGUACUAUCGCUGA